AUGGAGAUUGACACCAAGAUUAAGGCGUAUCGCUUCGUUGGCUAUGCUGCCAUCGGAUUCUCUACCGUCGCUGUGCUUUCCAUCUGCAUUACAAUGCCCAUGAUGUACAACUACGUGUCUCACAUGCGCAAGCAAGUUGGAGUUGAGAUGGAAAAGUGCCGUGUUCAAGUCAAGGAUACCUGGAAUGAGGUUUAUCAUAUGGGUGCCGAGCCAUUAGUGAACAACAGGACCAGGGUUGCUCGUCAAGCCUCCCAAUGCCAAGGAUGCUGUUUGCCCGGACCCGCUGGACCACAAGGAGCUCCAGGAAAACAUGGUCGCCCUGGACGUAGCGGAUCCGCUGGAAUGCCUGGAAACCCUGGUCGUGCUCCAUCCAACAUGUGCGAGCCAGUCACCCCACCACCAUGUGAGCCGUGUCCAGCUGGAGAGCCCGGACCCCAAGGUCCACCCGGAACAGAUGGUUACCCAGGACCCCAUGGACCUCCUGGACCCAAAGGACCCGAUGGAGAGCCCGGUCAAGGAGGUUCCAAAGGACAGCCCGGGCAUCCUGGUCGUCCUGGACAAUCUGGACAGCCGGGACCUCAUGGACCUGAUGCGGAGAGUAAGGGACCCCAACCUGGACCAGCUGGAGAACCCGGAAAAGACGGACCCCAAGGACCCCAUGGACUAUCCGGAAACCCUGGACGUCCAGGAAAAUGGGGAGAGCCUGGACCUAAGGGACCCGAUGGCGCCCCUGGAAAGCCCGGAAAUGAUGGAACCCCUGGAUCCAAAGGAAAUGACGGCAACUCUGGCAUCGAGGGAGAGCGUGGAAUCUGUCCUAAGUAUUGCGCUCUUGAUGGUGGUGUUUUCUUCGAGGAUGGAACUCGUCGU